UGGGGGAGGAGGUGCUCGGUGUUCCUCCUUGGUUCAGGCUCCGGUAGUCAAAAGAUCGAGGAGGGGGAGGCGGAAGCGCUUUAUUACCCAGUGUGCAAUGCGUUCUUUCUAUUGACGCUUCCCUUCGGUUUCUGUCGGGAGAGAGAAGUGAAGCAGGCAGGAAGAGGGAGGUGUCGCCUCGGCGGCGGCGUUUGGUGUCCCGUCCAAGAUGGCGGUGCAGGAAUCAGCUGCUCAGCUCUCCAUGACUUUGAAGGUGCAGGAGUACCCCACUCUCAAGGAGUCCAGAAAGGUGCCCAUAAAUAUGUAUGUUCUCACAACAAUCCUAUGAGGCUGGAGCUUAAGUGACUUGCCCAGUCACCCAGUACCAUAUGAAACACUGAACAAACGGUUCCGAGCUGCUCAGAAAAAUAUUGAUAGAGAGACUAGCCACGUUACUAUGGUCGUAGCAGAACUAGAGAAGACAUUGAGCAGCUGUCCAGCUGUGGAUUCUGUGGUUAGUCUCCUUGAUGGAGUAGUUGAAAAACUUAGUGUUCUGAAACGAAAGGCAGUGGAAUCAAUUCAGGCUGAGGAUGAGAGUGCAAAACUAUGCAAACGUAGAAUUGAGCACCUUAAAGAACAUAGCAGUGAUCAACCGGCUGCUGCAAAUAUGUGGAAGAAGAAAAGAAUGGAUCGCAUGAUGGUGGAACAUCUCUUACGAUGUGGCUACUACAAUACAGCUGUAAAACUUGCCAGGCAAAGUGGUAUUGAGGACUUGGUAAACAUUGAGAUGUUCUUGACUGCCAAAGAAGUAGAAGAAUCCUUGGAAAGACAAGAAACAAUGACUUGUUUAGCUUGGUGUCAUGACAACAAAUCUAGGCUCAGAAAGAUGAAGAGCUGUCUGGAGUUCAGCCUAAGGAUUCAGGAGUUCAUUGAACUCAUUCGACAGAACAAGAGACUGGAUGCUGUGAGACAUGCAAGGAAGCAUUUCAGCCAGGCUGAAGGAAGUCAGCUGGAUGAAGUACGACAGGUGAUGGGAAUGCUGGCUUUUCCUUCUGACACUCACAUUUCUCCUUACAAGGAUCUUUUGGACCCUGCUCGAUGGAGGAUGCUAAUCCAGCAAUUUAGAUAUGAUAACUACAGGCUGCAUCAGCUGGGGAACAAUUCUGUCUUCACUAUAACACUCCAGGCUGGACUUUCAGCUAUAAAAACACCACAAUGUUAUAAAGAGGAUGGCAGUUCAAAAAACCCUGACUGCCCUGUGUGUAGCAAAUCGCUAAAUAAGCUGGCUCAGCCUCUGCCAAUGGCACACUGUGCCAACUCCCGUCUAGUCUGCAAGAUUUCAGGAGAUGUGAUGAAUGAAAAUAAUCCUCCCAUGAUGCUUCCAAAUGGAUAUGUGUAUGGAUACAAUUCUUUGCUUUCUGUUCGUCAAGAUGACAAAGUUAUUUGCCCAAGAACCAAAGAGGUCUUCAACUUCUCACAAGCUGAGAAGGUCUACAUUAUGUAAAUCCCUUGUGUACACAUCGAAGUGCCACUGGAAUUUGACGCAAGAUAUCCUGGCAUGCCCUAUAGCAAGAGAUCUUGAGUGGCCAAGAGAGCUGCCAUGGGGUGGGGGAGGGAGGGGGUCAGACUGGUUGGUGGCAUUUUUUCUUGCGACCAAAGAUCAAUGAGCAACAAAUAUACACGCUUAAAAUGAGAAAGUGUGACUAAGUUUGUACUUUCAAGGGAACAAAUUUUGAAUGUUUGGAUUUUGUAACAAUAAUUGGAUUUUCCCCAAAUACUCAUCCAGCAAAAGAAGCUUACUCAGAAAUGGACUGUUUCAUUUUGGAGAAAGUUACAGUGGAUCUCAAAGGGCCUCUUCAUACUUCAAGGCCUGUUUUCAGCAUCUGCACUGGAUGCCCAUAUGUGGAACACUGUUAUUUGAAGGGGCCAAAUAUGCAAGUCUGUGGCACAUGCAUGAGGGAGUUGUGGCUAGUCAUAACUCUGAAUGUAUGUCCACCCUCUGAUCUGAAGUGUGCAUGCGUGCACACACGUCCCUUCCCUUUAAAUGUGGUGUCACAAGGAGAUGCACAAGCUGGAAACAUGCCCGCAUGUUAAAAGUGUGAAGCUCCCUCAGUGUGCUUCCGUUCACUGUGUUAAGAUUGGCUAAGAUCCAUUUGUUACGUAUCCUUUUACCCUUUGCCUUCUAAAUGAUCCUAUGGCCCAUUGUAGUUCUCUUCAUGAAACGGAUGCUAACAACAUUGACACAAAGCUGAUUUCACUAGAAGAAUUAGUAGUUCCUUUGAGAUGAAAUACAAGGGUUUAUUCUCUCCAUUCUUUUAAGCAUAUUAGAAAGGUUGCAUAAAUACAGAGAACGGAGAACAUUACAGGCACAAUGCACUGCUUGUGUGUCUUGUCCUUUCUCCAGUUUACCAUAGUGUUAAAGUCCUUUGUUUAUUAGUUAACUACAUGCAUAGGAUUCAAUAUCAAACCAUUAGUGCUACUGCCUUAUUUCUUGCUUUGAGAAUGUACUCACAUGAAAAUCAGCUGGUAACCUUAAGUGUUGGGGCAAGUUUUGAAUGCCUUGCAGGAUAAUAUGUAACUUUAGGGUAUUCAUUACAGAAGAGAUUAGUUUGAUUUUAACAGCUACAACUCACAUCCUUAUCACUCUCCAACUCCCCCCCUCCUCCAUUGUAGUUUAAACAAAACCAUAUGGUAGAAGUUUGUAUUUAGCAUUUAUUUUUGCAUGUUGAUGUUGAUUAGCUAAUAAAGACUGUAAACAUAA